UAGGAAGAGCUCAAAGAUCCAUAUUUCGUCAGGGAGUGAACUGAAGAACAAGGAAUCUCGUCUCAGGACUAGAGACCAUCAGAUGCAUGGCCUUGAAAAAGGAGAAGGACAGCACAAUUUUAGGGUGGUUUCAGAACCUCCUCACCUGAACCCUUCCGACAUUUGUGUGCGUUGUCUCUCAUGCACACAUGCACUGCCCUCAUUUAUAUAUUUUUAACCAAAAUUACACUUACAGAGAGUAUAGUACACCCACCACCCUAGUGGGAUCUAGUCCCCACCCAAGUUUUGCCAUACUCUCUCUCUCUCUCUCUCGUUUUCUUUAUGAAUUCCUUCUCUUUCUAAAGCAAAUCCUCCGAGUACCAAACCCUUUUCAGCAUCUCGGUUAUAUAUCCUCGAACAGGCCAGCGAGCACGCAACUAUUUCUCAUCCAUAUAUAACUUAUCCUAUCAAUAUAUAUAUAUAUAUAUAUAUAUAUAUAUAUAAAGGGGUUGAGAAUGAAUAGUUUUGAUUCUCAAAGACAAGAUUCCUUGAAAAGGAGAUGGCUAGAAAUGAGAAUUGUCAGUUCAACUCCAACUUCUUCUGGAGCUGACGUGGGAAACCCUAAAAACAAUCCUCAAGGCAGCUUCCUCGGACUUGAUGAUGACCUUGUCUCCAAUGUAGUCCCGCCGGUGACAAUUGUGCUCGAAGGUCGUUCGAUCUGCCACCGCAUUAGUCUUCAUAAGCAUGCAAGUUACCAUAGCCUAGCUAAGGCCCUGAGGCAGAUGUUUGUGGAUGGUGCAGAUGCUGGACUCACUUCGGAGAAUGAGCUUGAUCUGUCUAAUGCCAUUCCCGGGCAUCUCAUCGCUUAUGAAGACAUAGAAAAUGAUCUUCUUCUCGCCGGCGACCUCAGUUGGAAGGACUUCGUACGUGUGGCGAAGAGAAUUCGAAUACUGCCGGUGAAGUCAAAUUCAAGGAAGGGAAUAUAGCAAUUUGCUGUUGUGAUCUAGCGUUUUGUGGACGAUGUUAAAUCGAAAACUUAAUUUGGGAAUUACAUGGAAUGUCAUUGUCAUUGACUCAUUAGUCCUUGAAAGCAUAUCAUGAACUAUAUUUAUAUAUAUAUAUAUAUAUUUCCACAUGUAAUGCUCCUUAUAAUUUCCGAGUAUCAUGAAUAAAAGUG